ACAUGCGCGCACUUCCUGCUUCCUGCGUCACUUCCGGGAAUUCCUAUAGGUGAGGUGUAAUCAGUGAUGGAGGAAUUUGAGCUGCUCCCGAAACGGAUUUAAACGCCUCCUGUAACCUGUAUAACGAGUGAUUGUCUCGUCAGCUGUGAGAAAUGUAUGUCUGUUGUGUAAAUGCUGUGUAAUUGAUCCGGGUAAUAAAGUUAUUAAGUCGGAAGUAUAGAAAAGCGAUAGCUGAUAUGAUGCCUGCUUCAGCGGUCAUCCGGGACUCCGGUCAGCAUGGUGAAGAUACACUGUGAUUCUCCAUUAAACCCCACUAUAAGGACAUGGGCGCAGACAGUGACGCGGGCGAGACUCCGGCUGUGCCGUGGCGUAAAGUCCUGUACGAGCGGCAACCUUUUCCUGACAACUACGUGGACCGCCGCUUCCUUGAGGAACUCCGACGGAACAUCCGGGUCCGUCAGUACAGCUACUGGUCCGUGGUGCGUGAAGCCGGACUCGUGUCUCAGCAGCUCUCGUGCGUGGCGCUGUUCCUCACGCUGUGGUCCUACAUGGAGCAGGGAAACGUGGCUCCUUCGACGCUGCUCUGCACCGGUCUGGGCUGCUCGGUGCUGGGCUACGCGCUGUACGAGGCUCUCGGGGGAGAAGGCUGUAGAGAGAGGACGCGCUGUGCGGACUUGCAGAGCGCCGCCGUGUUCAUGGCCUUUACGUUCGGCUUCUCGCCGGUGCUCAAGACGCUGACCGAGUCGGUGAGCACGGACACGGUGUACGCCAUGUCCGCGGGCAUGCUCACGGCACACCUGGUGUUCUUCCCCUACACCCAGCCCAGUUUACCUGGAAGUCUAUCUCUCAACGCGGCGCUCUUCGCCUCUGUGUGCUUGGCAUCGCGUCUCCCCGGGACCCUGCACACCUUCGCCAUGCUGAGCUGCGGCCUGCUCAUCUUCGCACUCUGGCCGUGUCUCCUGCAGCGCCUGAGACGCGCCGCGCAGUGGACCUUCCCCUGGGCCGCCGGUACCGUGUGCGUGUGCGGAGUUGGAGGAGUUUGGACUUUGUGGCCCGUUGGAGCUGUUCUCCUGUUUCUAGCUCUAAUCGUCCUAACGCUGGUGUGUCCUCUGCUCCUGGUGCGUCUACAGAGACACAAGGACAACAUCCACGGGCCGUGGGACGAGGCUGAGAUCAGAGAGGACCUGUCCCGCUUUCUCAGCUAACACGUAGGGGGGAACAUCUGUAAACAUCUGCUAUUCACAAGUCGUUAAAAGUCGCUGCUGUUGGGGGCGCGAAUGAAAUAAAGGGCUACUUAUUUUUGACAUUCAAUCUCAGGGAAAAUGUUCCGGAUGGACUGCACGGUUUACAGAAACUCUAUGCACUUAAAAGUUCUUAAUAAUACAAGUGAUCACUGGUCUUAACUUACAAGUGAUAACCGAGGCAGUAUUUUUUUUAAUUGCAUAACAUGUUAAUUACUGUUUUAUUUAUUGCACACGAUUCUGUGUUCAAGCUCACAAAAAAGUGACUCGAAAAAUAGAUGUUUCUACCUGUAUAAUCACAGAGAUCUUUUAGAUGCUGGAGGGAUGAAGGAAAAGAUGGCAGUGAUUGUGAAGAGAGAUGAUGGCGAGUCUUUGGGUCAGUGACUGUGGUUCUACUAAAAAAAAUGAAUAAAACAAAUGUACACAUUUA